UUUUUUAACGUGAUUACGUGAAUCGUGAAUAGAAUUAUUGACAGUUCUAAUGACCUCUAAUUGAUUGCAAUUGCGAUUUCACGAUCGUUUUCAUUCAUUAAAUAAAUUUUUUUCGGGCACAAUUUAUUCUGUAAAAAGCUGAUCGUCAUUAUACGUUUCAUUCGCGUUCACGUCUGACUCGCGACUCGAUUUCUCGUCGCCGCUGCAUGUUGCGAUGGCGACUCUAUUUGGUUUCUCAAGGCUCUUUAAUUAUGCGGCGAGUAACUGUCUGAGAAGAGUGACACCGGCUGCAAUUUGCAAGCAAUAUUACCCAGCAUUACGACUAUGGGAGACGCCAGUAGCAGGAUAUCGGGUAGCUAGACCACAAUGGAUGAAGCCAGUGCAGGAUCAUCAAACAGAAAUACAGGAAUGGGAUGAAGAGAGAGAGAAAAUAUGCACUGAUUUAACAAACGAAAUCAACAAUCAGAUCGCAACGGACACGACCGGCCGUAUGUUCGCGAUCGUGCAAGUGUGUGGAAAACAAUUCAAGGUAACGGAACACGACAUUAUAAUUAUUGAGGGAUUUUGGCCACCGAACAUAGGCGAUCAACUAAAACUGGAGAAAGUGUUACUGGUUGGCAGUAAAGACUUCACCCUUAUAGGCAGACCGAUUCUGAAUAGAGAAUUAGUUUCCGUCAACGUGACGGUCAUAGAAAAAACUCUGUCCCAUACAAAAACUCGCUUUAGGUUCAGACCGAGGAAACAGUAUCGUCGUAUAAAUUUCUACAGAAUACAGCAUACAAUGCUGCGGAUUAACUCCAUAAGUAUAAACAGCAAGAUCGAUGAAAAGAAAGAAGUGGAAGGAUUAGACAGAGUAUAUUAAGUAUAAUGUAUACAUAUAUAUAUUAUAUCAAUAAAAGCAAUAUAUCUAAGUACUAUA